UUUCCGGUUAGCGUUACGUUUCCUCCUUGUGCUAUAGUUUAGAGGGGAAUUGUUCUGCUUGUAGAUUUUCUUCUUUGUCGCGCUUUUGAUUUGCGUCUAUUCAAAAGCAGAGACAGCCUUUGGACUAUGCAUCCCGUCCUCCGAAAGGUCUCACCUCUUUUGAGUCAAGCGCUUCUUCUAUGCCGGGCCACACCGCUGAGCUUACAUCCUGUGGGGGGAGGUGUCACGCUUCGUAAUGACAGGCACUACAAUGGCAUGCCCACCUAUGGGAUCGGGAGGUGGAGGCAUCUUUUAAUCAAAGAAGCGCCGAAAAAGAAGAAGGAAAGAAUUCAGAUGAAGGAAAUGUUGGCAGCGUCAAGUACUUCUUACGGGACUCUCAAUGUGGAAAUCGUUGGUUAUGACAUGACUUUGGUGGAGCAUUAUUCCCAGUACAUCCACAACCUCUGCCAUCGACUCAACAUCACCGUCUCAGAUUGCUAUGCCCUGCCAACUCACACUAAGGAGGUGUAUCUCAUGCAGGAGCAGGGCACCAAAAUGCUCGUAGACUCCAUAUUAAAGACGCAUACACGGGUACUUCAGCUAAAAAGUCUCACAGCAACACUUUGUCCCACUCUCAUGGAGCUCCUCCUGAAGAAUCAACCUGAGGGGGUGCAGCUCUCUGUGAAGGAGCACACGGAAGCAGAUUUUUUGGGGCGUUUCAAGGCGCGCCCAGAGCUGGAGGGACUCAUUUCUCAGAUAAACCAGUGAUGCCACAGCAGUUCAAACAUUCAAUAUAUGUAUAUAUUAAGACUCAAAUGGAUUUUUCAUUCUACAGUGAACAUUUUGUUUCAGUCUUGUCUGCAGAUGGUCGGAUU